GAGGAGGGUGAGUUCAGGGAAAGACGGAGCCUCCCUGUCAAUCACAAUUAAGGAACCAUGGGAGUAAACUGGUAGGGGAGCUCGGCGGAACCACUGUGUUUACGGGAAAGCUUGAUUUAUUUUGCGUAGAAACGACAACUAUGCACCAGUACACUGUGGGACAUUUACAUCUUAUCUCGCCAACUGGGAAUCGCUCCACUUUCACGGGAAUCAACAUGAGGCGUUACAUAUAACAACAAAAACUUGGCGACUUUCAGUUGUGCUGGCGUCACAUUUUUUGUUUCAUUUUGGGCAAAAUACACAAACGAUCAAUGGUAUUUGUAUAAAAGGCGUCGCCGCGGAGGUUUAUAUUUACUCCGAGCCCAGGAUUUAUUCGUUUAUUUGACUACAACUCGUGGGAAAUCUGCUCUGUGCCUUUCAGACAACUGCCUUGUCUGUCGGCACAAGAAGACACUCCCAAAACACACGAAGCUCAAACUCCAGAGAGAGAGGUAGAAAGGAGCAGCUAUGAGUGGGGGAGAUGUGGUGUGCUCGGGGUGGCUGAGAAAGUCUCCUCCUGAAAAAAAGUUGAGACGUUACGCAUGGAAGAAGCGGUGGUUUGUUCUUCGCAGCGGCCGUCUGACAGGCGACCCAGACGUGUUGGAGUACUACAAGAAUGACCAUGCCAAGAAGCCCAUCCGCGUGAUCGAUCUCAACUUGUGUGAGCAGGUGGAUGCUGGGCUGACAUUCAACAAGAAGGACUUGGAGCACAGCUUCAUAUUUGACAUCAAGACCAUUGACCGUGUCUUCUAUUUAGUAGCUGACACAGAAGAAGAGAUGAAUAAGUGGGUUCGCUGCAUCUGCGACAUCUGUGGUUUUAACCCCACUGAUGAUGAGGCUGCAAAAGCUGCUCACCAGUCAGUCAUCGGAGGCCUGGUGGUGGAUACCCCCCCACACCCAGCACUGGGGAAUAUUGUUGGCCCAGCAGCAGGGAUACUGUCCAGCGUGCCUCCUCCAUACCAGCCAGUCAAUGUGCAACACCUGGACUCUCAGUCCAGUACUGAAGAGCCUCAGGAUUAUCUGUGGCUGGUGAACUGUGAGAGUAAAAAACCUGAACCAAACAGAGCCCAUGCUGAGUGUUCCAAGUCUACCUCUUCAGAGACGGACCUGAAUGACAACCUCCCCUCUCACCGCACACCUACAUCCUCCACCUCCUCGGCCAAACACUCCUCGCAAAACGGCUUCUUCCCUCAGCACCCGGCCCCUGCCUCUGCCUCUUCCAUCUACGACUCUCCUCCGUCACGUGGUGCCUCACUCUCAACUGACAGCGGCCUUUACCACCUCCCUCGCAGCUACUCCCAGGACACUGUGCUGCUUCCAAAGUCGGCCUCCUCCCCCCUAGCCCACCCAGACAGUGGGGAUGCCUCUGAGCUUUAUGUCUUCAACACACCGUCACGGAAGCCGUCAAUGGAGACACAGUUUCGCAACCUUUCCAUCAGUUACGAUAUUCCACCCACGCCUGGAGCGAACUGUACCUACCAGGUGCCCCGCACGUUGUCAUCGUCGACGAGCGUAGGAGGCUCAGAGGGUGGGGGAGAUGUAGUCCCCCCUCCAAGACCACCAAAGCCUUCACUCAGUUCGACCUCAGGACCCCCACCACCCCCUGCUGAGCGCUCACCUACGGACACCUAUUGUGUGCCUCGCUCAGCCUCAGAGACAGACGGGAACUACUGUGUGCCUACUGGUGCUGGGAAUAAGGCCUUACGCAGCAACACUAUAGGAACUGUGGAUUGUUCACGCCCCCGCAAAGAUUUUGGAUCCCAGGAUUGCUACGAUAUUCCUCGAUCAUUCCCCUCCGACAAGAGCUGCUCAUUUGACUUCAACGAAAGCUUCAACAGCUACUUCAAAAGCAAAGGAAUGAUGCCAGUGGGCAGCCAGUCCACAGAAGAGGUAGACCAGAACUACGUUCCCAUGAGUGCCAACUCCCCAUCACAUCACCACUCAGGCAGUUUGUCAGAACCAAUGCACGAACCCAACUAUGUGCCCAUGACUCCCAGCACCAUGGAGUUCUCCUCUCUGGGAAAACAGGUCCCACCACCCGCCCACAUGGGAUUUCGCUCAAGUCCCAAGACCCCUCCUCGCAGGCCAAUGAUCAGUGACUGCCAGCCCCCACCUGUGGACAGAAAUCUCAAACCUGAUCGAAAAGGUCAGAGUCCUAAAAUAAUAAGAGCAAAAGGUGUUGGUUUAGAGCGAACCGACUCUCAAACCGUAGGUGAUUUCCCAAGGGGACGACGCAAGGGAAAACCCGCUCCACUGGAGAUCAAACCACUGGCUGAAUGGGAGGAGCCCUGUACACCUGUCCGCUCACCUGUCACACGCUCAUUCGCUCGGGAUUUCUCUAGGUUUCCAAUGCCAGCGAGACCCCCAUCAGUGCAUAGCAUGGCCUCCAGCACUGACUCCGAGGACUGUGAAGAGAAUUAUGUAGCCAUGGUCUCUAAUAUGUCCACAGAUGAACCAAACAUGAAGCUUGUUCCACCCAUGACCACGGAUGGUGGUAGCAGCCCCAUGGUGAAACCAAAGGGAGACAAACAGGUGGAGUACCUGGAUUUGGAUCUUGAUCCCGGAAAGUCCACCCCACCCAGGAAGAUGAAAAGCAAUGGAUCUGGUAUGGCAGCAUCAGAUGAGCGCGUUGACUACGUAGUUGUGGACCAGCAACGGACACAGGCUCUUAAAAGCACCAGGGAGGCCUGGAACGAUGGGCGUCAAUCCACAGAGACGGACACGCCGUCCAAGGGACCCAAGUGACCCUGAUGUCCUCACUGCCAAAAACCACCCUCCAAGCCCCCAAACCAUUGGGCCAUUUUCACUAGUGUUGGCCCUGGUGUGUGCUUUGGGGCGGGCUAGCUCUCACGUUCCACUUCGACAAGACCCUUUGUGUGUGUGUGUGUGUGUAGGGGCCAGUGGAGCUUCUUAGCCACUCAACUGCCUUUAGUUUACACUGCUGUCAGGCUGAAACUGCACAGUGUGUACAGUUGUGGGAAGAGGUGCAGGUCACGAAUAAGCUGUGUGCAGUAUGAAAGCAGAUGAAAUGACUGGACUCGUCCUUGGGGUUUGACAAAAGCAGACUCAUGAACUUGAACAUUCACUGCCUCCUGUGUUGGAUUUUUUUUCCCCACCUUUUAAUGGCCGGUGGACUGAUCCAGACUUAACAUUUCCUUAAAUUAUAAUGCUGUUUGUUGUUGUUUUGAAGUGUAAAUGAGAAAAAAAAAAAGAAAAAGAAAAAAAUCACUCGAUAACGUGACAUUCAAUAAUAUGACAUCAAAAUUCAAUGCAACUCUCUACAAGUUAGCGCGGCUAACAAGCUAACAGUGUUGGUGUUUCAGUUUAUCGUGUUUGAGUGGGGUGAAGUUUCCAUGGACACUGUUCACAGGUCAUUUCCACCAUUUCUUCACUUUGUCCUUGCAGAUGGCUGAAAUUUUAACUGUUAACUUCACACCAGAGUCUUUUAACCAUUUUCUUUUAAUGCUAAGGCAGUUGAAUUUGUUCAUUUUACAUGUAACCAAGUGCUCAAAUGAAGCUUUGGCUUCACACAAAGAUAAAUCCACUGAACAUGAUUUGAUUUCCAUUUACUUUGUAAGUGGAUGUGCUUUAAUCUGUUGAAAUGGAAGUGCAAAGACUGUACAAAAGUGUUAUGUAAAAAGUGUCCUUUAUUUGUAUGGAAUAUCCAGUGUGUUUGGCUCGAAGGUAUGUGGAUUCUGCAGGGUAGAAUCCUGUGCCUGUUUUAGGUGGUAUCAGGACUAGUGAGUAAUGAAUUACUGUGAGUUUUAGAACGUGACAGGUUUUCUAUAAGUUAUACAAAAGGUAUCCAACAUAGGCUACAGUGAGAAAAUAUCAGGUACUUUAAAAUGCAAACUAACACAACUAUCCACUUCUAAUUUAUUUCUCAAGUUAUUUCAUCAGGUGGACGUCGUAUUCACUUUCAGCUCAGUAUUGUUGAUUCAUAUGGAGGAACACUUGCUUAAGUCUGUUGAAAUGCUUAGUUUGACUAGCUCUGGUCAAUUAGUUUCACAAGUUCUCCCCUUAAGUUUAAUUUAAUUCAAAAUGAACUGGCAUACAGUGUUGGGAAAGUGACCGCCUCCUGCAGUCACCUCGAUACAACUUUUAUAGACAGUGAAAAAUUCUUUGUCUGCAUCAAACUGUGCUUUAUUAACCUGUGAACUCUGUCAGAAAUCCCAAGCAUGUGCUGCCACAACAUAAAGUCAUUGCUGUACAUAUUUGGCCGUCGGUUGGAUUAACAUGUAUCAUUUGAAAAAUGUGCCUACUAAGUCGACUUGGUUCUACUUUACUCUUUCUAUGUUGCGGUCUCUUUGUGAUGUGGACUGCAAAGCUGAUGACGCUUUAUCUUUUUUAAUGAAUCUGAACAGAAAAUGUAAAUUUUAAAAA